CCAAUGGGAAGCGCGGGCGGCGUGUUUGAAAGCGAGGCCAAAGUGGGUGGGAGCGCGUGCUGCUGGGAGUUGUUCGGAGGUUGGCGGCGCGGGGCUGACGAGCCUCAGGUCGAGCGGUCAUGUCGCACAAGCAGAUUUACUAUUCGGACAAAUACGACGACGAGGAGUUCGAGUACCGGCACGUCAUGUUGCCCAAGGACAUAGCCAAGCUGGUCCCUAAAACCCAUUUGAUGUCUGAAUCUGAGUGGCGGAAUCUCGGCGUUCAGCAGAGUCAGGGAUGGGUCCAUUAUAUGAUCCACGAACCAGAACCUCACAUCUUGUUGUUCCGGCGACCACUGCCCAAGAAGCCGAAGAAAUGAAGCCGGCAGCCACCUUUCGGCCUCGGGCUUCGCACAGCUGUCCUCACGUGCUAACGACAUCUUCGGGUGACAUUAUUCCAUUGCCUUCUUGCUUCCCACUUUGAUAUUGAAAGGAUGUUCAGACUGUUUGUGCUGGUGACCGCUUCGCCUGAGCCAACAGCAGCACGGCCCAGCCGGCUGAGCGCCGUUCGGGCUGCAGCCUCGGCCGAGCGCGACCCCAGAAGCCCUGCCGAGCUCUGUAUCCUGCAGAACACACUUGGUAGAUGGAGGAAGCGGCUCCUCUAAGCAUGAGGCCGUGGCAGGGAUUGCGUAAACCUGCCGUUUUGUUUCUUCCUGCCAGGUGUUGUAUGUUGUAUGGUGGUUCGUGUUUCAUUGUACUGGAAACUGUCCGUUUUAUUCAAGAAACCUGUUCCGUGUUAAAAAGCCUUGAUUAAAGAGGAAGUUUUUACGAUCUGA